AUGACAUGGGUUGAGUUCUACUUGAAAAUACACCGUCCACCUAGCAUCCUUGAUAGAAUCAAACAAUUGCAAGAAAUAGAAACAUCUGAGAAGAUACUGGACAUUAUGCGAGUCAUUGCUGCUAUGGAGCCUGUGCGGCAAGCAGCCAACUACAACAAUGACAAAAGAAGAGAACUGGAAGGAGCAGAUCACAAAACGUAUCUUGAUGAUGUUUACGAUAGGGUAAAAGUAGAAAGCAAUGCAGAUGAGAUUUUGGUCAACUUUAUAACAGCUCUACUUAUCCAGGGCUACGAUACUGACAAAUGGAGUAAACUCUAUACAGAUACAGAAGAAGGACUAAACAUUGGAGAAAAAAAGUAUAACACCGAGAUAAGAGUAAGUGGUGAUUUAGUAAUUUGUCACGUCCGAAAGAUUGAAGAAGAAAAGUACAAAGUAGACACCGAGUCGAUAAGAGAGUUUCUGGAGAAUGAUCGAGGCCUCAAGGAUCAGAAGAUCACAGAGGCCAUGUAA